CUGGGACAGAUACCGUUCUCGACAUGGGCCAGCUCCCCAACCUGCAAGAUCUGUGGCUGCAGUCACCUGGGCGUUGCCAGUUGCAAUUUUGUGUCAAAAGAGAUGGCGACAUGCUUGAAGACGAGUACACGCUGGACCAUAUAGCCCGCAAGAUCGCAGCGCAUCCUGUGCGUUUUUCCAGUCCUGUGCCAGAGAGAACCCAAUCAACUUGAGAGCGUCGCUAAGCCAUAACAUGGUAGGUAUGGUCAGAGCUCUCCCUGUCCGUAGAGCUCGAAGAAUGCCAUUAUGAGGCUUUGGCGGGG